AUGGUUCUCCGGCACUAUAGAUGGUUUCCACUCGAACUUGAGCCGGAUUACAAAGACGGCUACACGUGUGACCACUGUCAUCAAGACUUUCUCGAGGCUCCAUUUUAUCAUGAAGAAGCUACUGGGACCGACUACUGCCUCGAAUGCGGCAAUGCCGCCGGCUACACACCGUUUAGCGGUCUCGUAGCCUCACUUUUAUUUAGUAGCCAAGACAACGUCCUACGAGACUCGGAUUCAAACUCGAUCGCGUUGUUCGCAUACAGGGUGGAUUCGCAAAAUGCUGGCAUCUGCUUUGCAAACGGUUCAAAUCUUGUCCUUCACCUGCAAAUGAACGGCAACAUUCGAGACGCCAUUUUUUACACAGUCAAAGAAGGUUCCAUAGAGUCAAAGCUGCGUGUUUCGUCGACCGACCUUUCGCGUCGCUUCUCGUGGCUGGGCGGCGGUCUUCUCAAGCCUUUCGACGUUGAAGUACAGCUGCACACACUUCCUGUAGUACCGGUUCCGUUGGAUGACUUUUGUGUCUUAGCGUACGACGCAACUGACGAUCUCAUUGAGAUACGCCUUAACGAGGCGUACUCGCAGCUCUUGGACGUGCGUGGCGGCAAGGAAAUCGUUACUAGAGCGGAAAUGCCUGUGUGUGCGUUUUCCUCUCACGAAACAGAUGGAUGCUCGAAAUCGGAAGCGACAGACUUGCUUCGUCUUCUCCGCAGUAAAGCUGAAGCGCUGAAGAGAUUAUAG